AUGAGGCUUGGAUAUGAUCUUGGCGACGGCGAAUUUGCAGCAGCAAUUGCAGCUUCUGCUUUUGCAAUUCAUUCCAUUGAGGAAAGGAAAUCAAGGGAUGGAUCUGAAAUUCCCGUGAGCAGGACAAGGACCUGGAAAGAUGACAGAUCUUUGACAAUAGAAUCUGCUGCUGUGGGGAGGCCAUCUGGUCAGACUAAUAGGACAUUAUCCUUUGCAAAUGACCAAAUGCGGAAAGGAAAUUCACAAAAGCAUCGGAAUGCAGAAACCAAAGUAGAUGCUUGGGAGAGAUCUGAAAUGGAGAAGAUUAGGAAAAGAUAUGAAAAGAUGCAGUAUGAUAUUCUUGCUUGGGAGAAUGAAAAGAAGAUGAGAGCAAAACUUCAAAUGGAAAACAAAAAGAAAGAUUUGGAGCUCAGAAAGGAAAGAAACUUGCAGCAUUACAAAACAAAGGUAGCUAAGAUAGAUCAUACUGCGGGAGGAGCCAGAACUCAGAUGGAAGAAAAGCGCAAAUACGAGGAAAAGGCUGUCAAAGAGAAAGCAAGAAAAAUCAGAUCCAGAGGGAAAGUUCCUGUCACAUGUUUCUGCUUCUAA